ACGGUCCAUUCCUCCGGUAGCUUGUUCGUUCCGUCCGCAAGCAUUUUAACACACAUAACUCGGACCCUCGGUACGUCCCUCGGUACGUCAGCGUUUAAUCCCGAACAUUCUGGCCGUGUUCGGUUUCUUUUGUCAGUCUGCAGUAGUUUGAAGCCUUUGGCGGCUCCGUCGUAGUUGUAGCUUGUUGCUAGGUGCUAGCUAAUGUUAGCUUAGCCCAGUGGUGUCUUAGGUCGGUUCUGUCGCUUCGGACGGGACGGGUUGAUCUAAUGGAUACUUAACAAAUCGGUUAAACCUGCUGACAGUUUACGCACAGUUGACGUCAGAUUUAGUUGAGUUCGUCCGGGGUCCAAUGGAGCGAACCGACCGCGGUAAGAACACUAGAGUGCUGAAGAACCAGCCCUACGACGAAAGUCUGGACGUGGCCGACACCGAGGAGGUGGCGAGCGUCUACAGCCCGACGCCCAGCGGACAGCGUCAGUCCAAGAGCAGGAUUCGUGGCCUGAUGUCAGCCAACAGCAGCAGCGACGAGUUCGAUGACGACCCGGAGCCUCCGAGAGUCAAACAGCCGCUCAGCCCAGACAACGAGGAUGAAGAUGAUGAUGAUGAUGAUGAUGACGACUCUGAUGAAGAGGAGACGGACGAUGAAGACGAUGAGCCGGGGCUGGCGCCCGAGGGAGCAUACGACCCGGCAGACUACGCCAACCUGCCCGUCAGUACCGAGAUCAAGGAGCUGUUCCAGUACAUCACGCGCUACACUCCUCAGACUGUGGAGCUGGAGCACAGCCUGAAGCCUUUCAUCCCAGACUUCAUCCCAGCUGUGGGAGACAUCGACGCCUUCCUCAAGGUACCGAGGCCGGACGGAAGCGCGGAUGGUCUGGGACUGCUGGUUCUGGAUGAGCCCAGUGUGAAGCAGUCGGACCCCACGGUGAUGUCGCUGUGGCUGUCAGAGGAGACCAAACAACACGGAGCCGCUGAGUUGAAGAAGGUGACGAGUGUGGCGAGUCCUCAGUCCAACCCACGGGUCGUGGACAGUUGGGUGGAGAGCAUCAGCGCUCUGCACCGCUCCAAGCCUCCGGCCAGCGUUCACUACAGCCGCCCCAUGCCCGACAUCGACAGCCUGAUGCAGGAGUGGCCGGCCGAGCUGGAGGAGCAGCUGGGCCGCCUGCAGCUGCCGCCGGGCCGGCUCGGCUGCAGCCUGGCGGACUACACGGACGUGGUGUGCAGCCUGCUGGACAUCCCUGUCUACAGCAGCAGGAUCCAGUCCCUGCACCUGCUCUUCAGCCUGUACCUGGAGUUCAGAGACUCGCAGCACUUCACACGCAGCGCAGCCCCCUGACGGCGCCGGGCAGAGGGCCGGCGCCAGCCUGCACUGCGGCCUCAGUGUGUUUUCUGAUUUUCCCACGAUGAAGUAAAAGAAAAUAACCUGCUUAAAAAUCUACAAAUGACUGUAAACAAUGAAAUAAAUUUAAUUUUUAAACCAAA